CGCAGCAUGGCCAACAGCUACAACAAGGUCGACAACCAGGGCGCUCUCAUGGGCAACUGGGUCGAAGAAGAGGCGCUGCGCGACCGAACAGGCCACUCGCGCUACAAGACGUGGGACCCGAAGGAAGGUAUGGGCCUCUCGCACCCCCGCGUCAUCGCCCACUCGAGUGCGACCGAGGCCAAAGACUACCGCGCGGCCUCGCGCACGACGCCGUACUGCGAGGACUUUGUCAUUCCCAGCAGUGUCGGACCGCGCGAGCGCCGGCGCCUUGAGGAGCUUCACGCCCAAGCCAAAGCGCUCAAGAUCGCAAUGGACGGCGAGCCCGAGGACGUGAGCGUGAAAGAGUCGACGGCGCACGCGUCCUUCAAGGCCGCCGAGAACGAGUACCUCGUGCAUGGCAUCACGCGCGUCGCUCCGCGCGGCAAAGGCGGCUUUAAAGACUACGAUCCGUCGAUCGUGGGCAAGACGCGGGGCGAGGUGGCCGCCAUGGAUGCCGCCAAGCUUCAAGUACACAAGGAGACGCCGCACUGUGCGACUGUGACCAAGUACACGCACGCGAUCACGUCGGGCGAGGGGUUAGGGUUUCCGCUGACUGCCGCCGAGCCAGGACGCAAUCCAUUCGGCAAGUCGACGGGCUUUUCCAACGACAUUUACGACACACGCGUUCGCCACGCGGAAGCCAGCUACCCCGGCGCCGAGACGAUUCUGGGUAGCGGUUUGAACCUUCAUGCGCGCUCGGCGGUCUCCAAGCUACAGCAGUGGGCCCAAGCCCCCGACAAACGGCGAGCGCUAGUUAAAGUCGGGUUGGACGUGCAGGGCGAUAUAUCGCUCAAAGAGCUGCUCCUGGCACUGCAUGAGAUUGGCGUCACGGUCCCAGACAAGGACAUUCAGCAGUUAUUUGUCUCGUUGGACAAGAACCAGGGCGGGGCGAUCGAGUGGACAGCGUUUGAAGCGCUCGUGCUGAAUUUGUAGCUAUCGGCAAUAGUGUACACGUUUAUAUGCUUGGAAACACAUGCAGCGGUUUAUUCUGCAGAACA